UACAUAGAACUUGUUGAUCUUGAGGUAUGAACUCGGAUCAGUUGCUGUUGACUCAUCUUAGGUUGCAGUGAAAUGAAUAGUCAUGGUGUAAGAAAACGAAUACCAAUGUCUCCUCCCUUUUAACGUCUUGUUUACUGUAGGAAGUAAGGCUGUUUGUGUUCAUCACUGUUGGAUACGAGACGUGUAUUCGUUGUGCUUGGUUGGAUGUGUCGUAGUCUACAGUACAUUUACUAUAUAGAUCUGUCUAAUGUGUGGGCCAGGGCGUAGGCAAUCGAAGAAACAAAAUUUGAGGAGGGAGCUGGUAAAAUAAGACCAAUCAAUGAAAACGGGUCAAGUGGAGUGAUGUCUGAUGGCACUGCACCUGCUCAUACAAAUGGCACACCUUCUAAUGAAGAGAUUGGUCAGAAACAAAGUCAGAAAAGAAUCGAUCAUACGAGAUGUCCUCCUUAUCAGAAACAACAGCCGCAGCUCACCUGAAGCAAAAUCCAGUCGAAUUUGUCAACUAUAACAAGCGGCAACUCACUCGUGUGUAUCCCAAGGGAAGUCGAUAUGACUCAAGCAACUAUAUGCCACAAGUAUUUUGGAAUACUGGAUGUCAAAUCGUCGCUCUUAACUUCCAAACAUAUGCACGUCAAACUUUUUCUAUGUUGCAGGUUGUUGUACCCGAAUUGGCGAUGCUCAGAUUUGCAGUAUACGAUGACGGUAAUCGCUUUGUCAGCCAGAGGGUCAUACCAUUGACAGCCAUACAAGCUGGAUAUCGACACAUUCCCUUGAGAAACGAACUCAAUCAGCCAAUUGACUAUGCCACACUAUUCGUUCUCUUCGAGGUGUCCGACUACAUUCCAGACGGAAUGGCCGACUUUCUGGCUGCAUUGUCGAAUCCAAUUGCAUACCAAAGUGCAGUGCAGAAACGAGCGAAGCAGCUGGAGGAAUUGUAUGACGAUGAUGAAGAGCAAGAGGGAGGUGGAAAGCAGCUACCCACCGCAUCAACCUGCAGCAUUCCAAACGAAACCGACCCAAAAUCAUCAAAAUUGCUAAGCACAUCAUUCAGUAGCAACCUGACAACGUCUGACGCUGGCUCACCCGAAAGUUACGACAUUCGUAAUGCCUAUACUCUUACUCGCGACAGCAGUGACGCAAGCAACAAGAUACAAUCACUCAAACUCAAUGAAGCAGAAGCAACAACAAGCAAAGAGAGUCACAGCUUGAACAUUGUAAAUCGAGCAAGGACAUGCUGGAUGAGGUGCAAAAGUUCAAAGACAAACAGAAAGACAAGGUCUAUGAUAAAGAAGAAAUGGACAGGAUUUUGAGAUAAUAUUGUAAUAAAUUAGCCAAGCAAACAGCAGAGAGACGAAACAAUCUGACUGAGCAGCAGCAGUCAGAACGAAAACGUUUUCUUGAGGAUUACGAGAGACGAUUGCAACAGUUUAAGGAAGAUGAAGCGAAGUCACUCGCUUCAUUUCAUCGAGAUGCAAAUGCCUCCACCUUCGAUGACUAACAUCUGGUAGUCUGAUGAUUCUCACUUCAGUUUUGUGCAGAUUGUGCGUGUUAAGAUUAAUUUAAAGUUCGCGCUGAAUUCAUACUAUCUACUGGUAGACUGUAUUGAAUAUUUGGUCGAAUGUCGCCUCGAUGAAUGAGAUUGAGGGACGCAGUUUGAGGAGGAGAUUUGUAUGGCACUGUUUUCUCAUUGUUUUUAGCAUUCGAAGAGCAUGUCUGUGUGUUGGGUUUUACGUGCACUGGUGGAAGUAGAUUUUAUGAUGUUUAGUGCUGGUGAAGGAUGUUAGGAUGUGGUUAAUUGAUUGAGUGAU